UGACAUAUCAGGUGUCUCCACUGUAUGGCUGUCGGUGAUUACAGUCUUGAUUGUUGCUUAUUACAACGGAACAGAGAUCAGGAUGGGCCUAAUGCGAGGGCAAUGCCGAGCAAGACGAGCUCUAUUGAAUACUGUCUGCUGAACUCUCAAGGGAAACAUAAAGCUGAAACUGGAGACCAAACUGAAGACCACGUGGCGAAUGGCAAUCUCUUUUAUGCUGGUGGACGCGUGCACUCUCUAUAUGUUGUCACUUCAGCCAUCUUGUGGACCGUGGCGACCUGCCACCCCUAUUUCUGCAUGCUGCCUACUUCACCCGUCGCUGUUUGUCUGCCUAACAACAGCUGCCAAAUUACUCUCAACCAGCUAAAUGUCUGCAGCUGUACAAAGACUGGCAUGAAUCUUAAAAGUGCUGGACGAGCAGGAUAAGCGGGUGCCUGGACUCCCGGGUGUUUUCACACCUUUCCCUAUAGCAUUUCUUGUAUUUCUGUGGUCACACUUUUGCUUCUCUUCCGAGGGAGCUUUUGUUGCAUUUUUAGUAUCCAUGGAAACAGAUUUUAUGGGUUGGAUUUAAAAAUUAUAUUCAAUAUAACCCUCGAACAAGUGGGGUGUUUUUUUUGUGGUUUAGGUUAACACCAUGAUCAUUCAGGCCACUCAUUGCCUUGUUGGCUGACCACUGACAACCAGCAUGUCAUGAGGGUUUCUUGACAUACACACUUCCGUUUUUUAACACUGACAUUGCCAAAUUACGUCGAUUAGUAUUGUAAUGAUGUUUUUUUUCUCUAUCUGAAAAAGAGAGUGCUAUGACUUGCUACUGUUCCGAAUGCUGCCAUUUACCAUUGAAGCCAUUGCCAUGAGGGUUGGUGGAAGCCUCGUGAUUGACUUGACCAGCUAAGGUACACAUGGUAUUUAUGGUAUUUUUGUCCCAAUGUGAACUUAGGUGAGCCCAAGCGGACUUUCCCGCCUUCCAUUCUAUACAUACAUCCCUCUCUUCUCCAAAUUAUUCAAUCUUCUUCUCCAUGGCUCCCUUCUACAUACUACUUAGUCUUCUCCUCUUGCACACUACUCCUUGGUGCUUCUCUGCAGCUGUAGAUGAGGACACUCUCAUGGCAGGCCAAGCGCUCGCCGUUGGCGACAAGCUCGUCUCCAGGAACGGCAAGUUUGCCCUUGGCUUCUUCCAGCCAGCAGCAAGCAGCAGUAUCAGUAAGUUGUCUCGCAACGCCACCUCCUCAAGAUCCAGCUGGUACCUUGGCAUAUGGUUUAAUAAAAUCCCAGUUUUGACUACCAUGUGGAUUGCUAAUAGAGAGGAGCCCAUCACCCACCCCAACCUCAACUUAGCACAGCUCAAGAUCUCAAAGGAUGGCAAUCUUGCCAUCGUAGUAAACCAUGGUAGCAACACUCAAUCUAUAGUUUGGUCCACUCACAUUGUGAGUAAUAGGACACACAACAGCCUAAACAUCACUAGUGCUGCCGUUCUCUUGAACAGUGGAAACCUUGUCCUCAAAGAGAGCCCGUCAUCUGACUUAUCGGUGUGGCAGAGCUUCGACAACCCAACAGAUGUUUGGCUUGCUGGUGCCAAGUUUGGCAGGAACAAGGUCACCGGUUUUAGUCGUUAUGGCAUCUCAAAGAAGAGCCUCAUUGAUCCAGGUCUCGGCUCAUACAGUAUUGAACUAGAAGGCACCAGGGGGAUUGUCCUUAAGCACCGUAACCCCUCCAUAGAAUACUGGCUUUAUACAUCCUCCACAGCAGCAUCGUUGGUACCAUUAGUCAAUUCACUGCUAAGUUUGGAUCCUCGGACUAAAGGUUUAUAUAACCUAGUAUAUGUCAAUAACGACCAAGAGGAGUACUACAUGUACACUUCACAUGAUGAAUCAUCUUCCAUGUUUGUGUCACUAGACAUCUCUGGUCAGAUAAAGUUGAAUCUUUGGUCCCAAGCCAAUCAGUCUUGGCAAACAAUAUAUGCCCAGCCUGAUGAUCCCUGCGAUCCACCUGCUGCCUGUGGACCUUUCGCGGUAUGCAGAGGCAAGCCGCAUCCAUCAUGUGACUGUAUGGAGAGCUUCUCUAAGAAGUCACCGCAUGAUUGGGAGUUUGAGGAUCGAAUAGGAGGAUGCAUCAGGAAUACACCAUUACAUUGCACUACUUCAAAGAACAUCACAAGUUCAACAGACAUUUUCCAUCCCAUUGCUCAAGUUACACUGCCCUACAACCCACAAAGCAUAGCUGUUGCUACCACUCAGAGCAAAUGCGAAGAAGCUUGUCUCGGUUCAUGUUCCUGCACUGCUUAUUCCUAUAAAAAUAAUAGAUGCUCUGUCUGGAAUGGAGAAUUGCUUAGUGUAAAUCUGGAUGAUGGCAUCGAUAACACUUCCAAAGAUGUUCUUUAUCUCCGCCUUGCUGCCAAAGAUUUCUUGGCAAAUUUAAGAAAAAAGAAAAGAAAACCAAAUGUUGGAGUUGUUACUGCUGCAAGCAUUAUUGUUGUUGUGUUACUAAUGCUCAUGCUGUUGCUACUGAUUUGGAGGAAUAAAUGCAAGUGGUGUGCUUUGCUGCCAAUAUACUCUGACAAUCAAGGGAGUGCUGGUGGGAUUGUAGCCUUUAGAUACACUGAUUUAGUUCGUGCUACUAAAAAAUUCUCAGAAAAGCUGGGAGGAGGUGGUUUUGGUUCAGUAUACAAGGGAGUGUUAAGUGACUCAAAGACUACUAUAGCAGUCAAAAGGCUUGAUGGUGCCCAUCAAGGAGAGAAGCAAUUCAGGGCUGAGGUGAGCACAGUUGGACUGAUCCAACAUAUCAACCUAGUAAAAUUGAUUGGUUUCUGCUGUGAAGGUGAUCACAGAUUACUUGUGUAUGAACACAUGUUAAAUGGGUCUCUUGAUAGUCAUCUAUUUAAAAAGAGAAAUGCCGCUGCUUCUGCUGCUGUUCUAAAUUGGAACACUAGAUAUCAAAUAGCCCUAGGAGUUGCCAAAGGAUUGUCCUACUUGCAUCAAAGUUGCCACAAAUGCAUCAUACACUGUGAUAUUAAGCCAGAGAACAUACUUCUGGAUGCAUCAUUUGUUCCUAAAGUUGCAGACUUUGGGCUGGCAGCAUUUGUGGGAAGGGAUUUUAGCCGAAUUCUGACUUCAUUCAGAGGAACUACAGGUUAUCUUGCCCCAGAGUGGCUUAGCGGAGUUGCGGUCAAACCAAAAAUUGAUGUUUAUGGCUUUGGCAUGGUGCUGCUGGAAAUCAUAUCAGGAAGGAGGAAUUCGUCACCUGAGACAUCACACUACACCAAUAGCAGCAGCAAUGUGGACCAGCAUGUUGGAUAUUUCCCUGUGCAAACCAUCAGCAAGCUUCACAGCGGAGAUGUAAAGAGUUUGGUGGAUCCACAGUUACAUGGCGACUUCAGUUUGGAAGAGGCUGAAAGGGUUUGCAAAGUUGCAUGCUGGUGCAUCCAAGAUAAUGAGUUUGAUCGGCCGACGAUGGGUGAAGUGGUCCGGGUUCUCGAGGGCCUACAGGAGAUUGAUGUGCCGCCAAUGCCAAGACUACUUGCAGCUCUGACGGAACAGUCUGGUGCUGCAACUUUAAUGUAACAAUAUUUUGCAGUCGAUAUUACUAGUCUUGUUAAGUUCAGCAAUUUUCGUGAAGUUGUAAUGUGUAGAGGAAGGAAUAAAGGAAGCAAGUUUUCUGUUGCUAAUUAGUUGUCUCUUAUUUAAGUUUUUUAGUGCCAGUUAUAUAUGGUAAGGAAUCAUUGUAGCAGAAAAUGGCAGAUAUAGAAAUAUGUGUGUUGUUC